GUAACAUAACAAAAUGUGCAAAAAGUGAAGCGGUGUGAAUACUUUCCGGAUGCACUGUAGAUCAGUUAUAUCUCUUACAGUCCAUAUUCCCUGCAGCCUGGUUGACGGUGAUUGUGAACAGCUUAAUAAAAUAAAUGUUGACACAGAGGUAAUGGCCACAGCAUCACAAAUCACUUUUCAUGGCACUCUGAGUCACAGUUAUCCUACAGAGGUGGUGGCAGCUAGUGGCAGUGUGAUCUGUAUUACCAGCUGAGGUUCCUGUUGCACAGAAUGGAUCAAGGGAGGAUUAAACACAUCAAUCUAAUUUUAAUGCUUUGAACUUCUACCGUCUUUAAGAGGUGAUAAAAGUACACCUGACUUUCAUCAACAUAAGCCAACAUUAUUUCGGGCUGUUCUCCAUGAAGUACAUUUGGUUUUCUUUUUGCAAAAGUGGAUAACUGCACUGAGGAUUUGUGAAAGUGUUAAAGUGAUUUUCCUGAAGGCAGACAAAAAUGUAUUAUUGUCAGGCUGUUGGGAACAAGUGGUGAAGUAAGUGCUGCACACAGAAGAGAACCUCCAGUCUCAUGAGAGUCUUCUCUGAGCUAAUGAGAGACUCCCAGAGAGUAUUAUGGGAAUCCCAAUCACUUCAAGCUUGACACCAGAUAAAACUAAUCACCCAGAAUCUAUUUGCAGAUGUGGGCCAAACGCACAGGUUGUAAAUACGUCUGUAAAUCAGAGAUGUAGCAGGAGGGUAAACCUUUAAAAGAUGACCUACACCUUAAUGACACAGCUGUGUUUCAUGUUAAAGUGCCAUUAAACUGAUGCAUGUUGAGGAUGAGGGGAAAUGAAAGCAGAGAUUAAUAUCAAACAAAUCAAACAAAACUCAAACAUCAAAGAUCGACAGUCUCAAUUUUUUGAAGGCAAAAGUAAACGGGAGAUGAAUGCAGAACAUGGUUGCAGCUUUCUAUUUCCUGCACUAAGGCAUAAUUCAUUUUAAUAGGACAGUCGAAUCUUCCUCUCAUAGUGGUUUUAAUCUUGUGAACAUGAUGAUGAUGACGAACCGACGCACAUCCUUUUUUUUUUUUCUCCCUCUGAGAGAUGACGAAUCUGAGAGGGUCUCGGUGGGGAGCAGCCUCAGAGAGGAGAAGGAGGAGAAACCACUGGCUGUGACAGUGACAGUUGCUUCUCUCACCGGGCCCCCACCUUCGCUUCAGCUUCUUCUUCAUCAUCAUCAUCAUCACCCUCAGCAACAGCAGCUUCAGCUUCAUCUGCAGCAGAAGCAGAAGCAGCAUCCAUCGACAGCGCGGAGAACAAACAGGCAGCACGCAUCUUCAAGAGGCGCUCCACACGAAGGGGAAGAUGGGGGGAUGGCAGUCGACCGAAUUUAAGGAUCAAGAAAUCAAACGAGAUCUUCCUUUAUGAUACAAAGCAUUGGUUAUGCAUCGAUAGGAACUGUUGAAGGAAAAAGCAGAUUACACCCUCAGGCGUAUAAAGAAACAUGGAUGUAUCUUCAUCCUCGCUGCAGUACGGAUCAAAAAAGCGGGUUAAGAUUCACCCAGACACGGUGACAGUGAAAUAUGCCACUCACUUCCCCCAGCCUGGUGAUGAAGGCUACGAUGACGCACCCUCUUUUGAGGAUUUUGGCGCCUUCGCAGAGGCCAAUGUGGGAAAGAGGCUAGUGUCAGACAGCAAAAGCGGCAGGACUUUCUUUGGAACCAUGGAGACCCAGCCUAAAACACCAAAUGUGCAAAAAGACAAGGGGGUCGGGGGUCAGCUGGCCAGCUUCGGUGAGGCGAAUGUGUUAGCCUCCAGGGUGACCUGGAUGGCCUUGUUUGGGGCAGCGGUGGCUCAUGGUUGUGUGGCGCUCAUUACUCGCUUAGCGGCUGACCGCUCCAAAGUACCCUCCCUCGAGCUGCUCUUCAUCCGCUCCGUGAUCCAAGUGCUGUCCAUCCUGGUGGUCUUCUACUACCAUGAGGCCCCCUUUGGCCCUAAGGGCUACCGGCUACGUCUCUUCUUCUACGGCGUGUGUAACGUUAUCUCGAUCACCUGCGCCUACACCUCUUUUGCCAUAGUACCACCCAGUAAUGGCACCAUCAUGUGGCGUGCUUCCACCACAGUCUUCAGUGCAAUACUGGCCUUCCUGUUGCUGGAUGAGAGGCUGGGCUACACAGAUGUGGUCACAGUGGUGGGAAGCGUGUUCGGUCUGUGCCUGGUCAUGGUGCCAAACGUAGCAGAUGAAGAGAAAUCCAGGCUGGGGUUUUGGAAGGAGGCCUUUGGCUACACAAUGACAGUGAUGGCCGGCUUGACGGCUGCCCUCUCCAUGAUCGUCUACAGAGCCAUCAAGGAGCGUGUCAGCAUGUGGACGGCACUCUUUACCUUCGGUUGGACGGGCACGGUGUGGGGUGCCUCCACCAUGUUUAUCAUGCAGGAGCCGAUAAUUCCUCUGGAUGGGGAGACCUGGGGCUAUUUAAUUGGGAUCUGUAUCUGCUCCACGGUUGCGUUCCUUGGAGUCUACUAUGCUCUAAACAAGUUUCAUCCAGCCUUAGUCAGCACCGUGCAGCACCUAGAGAUCGUGGUUGCCAUGUUCCUCCAGCUCAUAGUUCUGAGGAUGAUCCCAUCUGUCUACGACGUCAUCGGAGGCCUGGUCAUAAUGAUCAGUGUGUUCACCCUGACUGGAGUCAAGCUGUACAGGGUGAGCAGGGCCAUACGGCAGGAUUAUCAAGAGAUACUAGACUCACCCAUCAAAUGAGUUUUGAUAUAUCAGUCUAAUUGUUUACAAUGUUGCUUGGUCGUGCAAUUUAAAGAAUGUCUGGAUCUUCAUCUGAUUAUUUUGCAUUGUUGUGUUGUUGGGAGGGUGCCAGUUGUGUAACUAAUGUCUUAAUAUUUGUGUGUGAAAUAAAAAGACAAAUGUAAUAUGGUGACCAUUUCCCCCUGAUAGUACUGCUUUAAUGUCAAAUUGUGUCCAAAAUGUCAUAAAAAAAACAAACAAAAAAACAAAACAAAACAAAAAGAGUCAGUUUAAUUUUUGUGAUUUAUUUUGCUCCAACAUUUUGAACAAUAUUGAAUCUGGUCUUGUGAGUGGCAGUGUAAGACGAUCAUAUAAAGGAUAUGGACCUUUCAUAAGAACAACAUCAGGGUAUCAUGUUUCUCUCUGUUGUCACACUGCCACACUUGUCACAUUGUGUAAAUGUCAGUCCCAAAUCAUUCAUACUACAUACAAGGAAUGAAAAAAUAAAGAUAAAUACCACCCACGUUUCAUAAAAUAACUGGUAUUGCUUUUCUUAGCCUUAAUCUGUUGCUUGGCAAGAUGGUGUAAUAAUUCAAACACAAUGCUGUUGUAGCAGAGCCAGUAUAU